GGAGCGGUUGGCUUUGCAGUCGAGACAAUGGCGUGGCAGCCCAUGGAGAUCAAUCCUGAGAUGCUGAACAAAGUGCUGUCCCGCCUAGGAGUUGCCCCUGGCUGGCGGUUUGUGGAUGUGCUGGGGUUUGAGGAAGAUUCCUUGAGCGCUGUGCCCAGUCCAGCUUGUGCUCUGCUGUUGCUCUUUCCUCUUACUGCUCAGCAUGAAAACUUCAGAAAGAAGCAGAUUGAAGAACUGAAGGGUCAAGAAGUGAGCUCAAAAGUCUAUUUUCUGAAGCAAACUGCCAGUAACUCAUGUGGAACCAUUGGCCUUAUACAUGCAGUGGCUAAUAAUCAAGAAAAAAUAUUAUUUGAUGAAGGGUCUGUUCUAAAGGAGUUCCUCACUGCAACAGCCGAACUCUCUCCAGAUGAGAGGGCAAAACGCCUUGAAAACAACAAGGCCAUCCAAGAAGCCCACAAUGCAGUAGCACAAGAAGGCCAAUGUCGGGCUGAAGAUGAUAAAGUGAAUUUCCAUUUCAUUCUGUUUGCCAGUGUGGACGGACACCUCUAUGAACUGGAUGGCCGAAUGCCCUUCCCUGUAAAUCAUGGGGCUAGUUCAGAUGAUACCUUGCUGAAGGCCUCUGCCAAGAUCUGCCGGCAGUUCACAGAACGCGAGCAAGGGGAGGUCCGCUUUUCUGCUGUGGCACUCUGCAAGUCUGCUUGAAGUUCAGGAGUUAAAGCAGCCCUGUAGCCCAUCACUGAAAGCAGUUCAAACCUUUAGUGCUUUAGUACUUGUGUUUAAAAAAAGAAGAAAAA